UGUUGGGGUCUAACCCAACCUAAUUUGCUUCAAAAAAAGUAGAAAACCAUUGAUCCCAUUGCUAAAUCCUCCAUAUAUUUGUGGGUGUGGAAGGCAAAACAAUAGAAGAGAAGAUGGAAAAGAGCAAGGUUCUUGUUGUGGGUGGCACAGGGUAUAUCGGAAGGAGGAUGGUGAAGGCAAGCUUAGCCCAAGGCCAUCCCACCUUUGUCCUCCAACGCCCGGAGAUCGGUAUGGACAUCGACAAACUGCAGAUGCUGCUGUCCUUCAAGGCCAAGGGGGCUACCCUUGUGGAGGGGUCCGUUGCAGAUCAUAAGAGUCUGGUAGAAGCUGUGAAGAAAGUAGAUGUGGUGAUCUGCACCAUGUCUGGGGUUCAUUUCAGGUCUCACAACCUUUUGUUGCAGCUCAAACUUGUCGACGCCAUCAAAGAAGCUGGAAACAUUAAGCGAUUCUUGCCUUCAGAGUUUGGAAUGGACCCAUCCAGAAUGGGAGAUGCACUUGAACCAGGAAGAGUGUCAUUUGAUGAGAAGAUGAUUGUGAGGAAGGCCAUAGAAGAAGCCAAAAUUCCCCACACUUAUGUUUCUGCCAACUGCUUUGCAGGCUACUUUGUUCCUAACCUCUCUCAAAUGGCUGCCCUCACCCCUCCAAAGGAAAAGGUUUGUCUAUAUGGAGAUGGCAAUGUCAAAGCGGUUUUCGUGGAUGAAGAUGAUGUUGCAACAUACGCAAUCAAAACAAUAGAUGAUCCUCGUACAUUGAACAAGACAGUUUACAUCAGACCACCAGAGAACAUUCUCUCCCAAAGGCAAAUAGUUGAGAUGUGGGAAAAGCUCACAGGGAAGACAUUAGACAAGUCUAGCAUCUCCAAAGAAGACUUUCUAGCCUCUAUGAAAGGUAUGGACUAUGCAAGCCAAGUUGGGGUAGGACAUUUCUAUCACAUUUACUACGAGGGUUGUUUAACAAACUUUGAAAUCGGAGAAGGGGGAGAAGCUACAAAGCUCUAUCCGGAAGUUAAUUACAAGCGAAUGGAUGAAUACAUGAAGCUUUAUGUAUAAGAAGUAUAUAUGCCUACCAAGCUCAUCAUAUGAUGAUGUAAUAAAAGCUUUGGUUGUUGGUUCUAGUAUGACACCUCCAAAUUUACUUUUGAGAUGAUCCAAAAGGCCAAAGUAAAAGAGGCAAUUCUAGGUGAGAUUCCUUAAUCUCUUUGUUAGGUGUCUUUAUGGAUUACAUGUUAAAUUGAUAAUUUUGCUUUGAAAUAAGUAAUGCUAAUUAUGUCUUUAGUAUAGUUUUUAUAAGAAUAAUGAACUAUAUUAUUCUCUAUUGGGUUUA